AUGUCGCACACUUCACGUUCGAUGACGAAUUUAGAUUCCACUAGCCGAUAUGAACCUAAACCGCGAUCUCACAGCCGUAGUCGCAUGGUUAUUGAGCGAACUGAGGUAAAACAGGGAAGCGGUCCUCGAAAUGAGGAAUUUAUGCAAGUAGAAGUAUCGAUGUCGAUGGAAACGAUGUUAGAUGAAGUUGCUCAUCCACCAUAUGUAAGCCUGCGUGCACCUAUAAAAAUUCAAUAUUCACCGGCAUCGACAUUAGCACGUGCCGAAUUCAUUUCUGAUACUGAAAGAUGGGCGCAAAAUGGACGGAUUAACGGCAGCAGUUUGACAGAAAUCGAUGAAAAACGCACAAGAUUGAAAACCGGAUCUUUGCGUGAGUUUCUAAGUGAUUAUGAAAAUAUUGUCGGUGGUGAACAUCGCUCACAAACUGUUGAAAAAACAAAAGAAUUAGAAUAUAAAGAAGAGAGUACAUUUGAGGCGACAAAGACUCGUUUUGGUGGUUCCACAGAUCCUAUUUUUAACAUUGCUUCAAAGUAUCCAUAUAGUUCAGCGUCUACAGUUCGAGCACCAAGUGAAUCUGCGAUUCAAGCACCAUCAAGCGAAUCGCCACUUCGAGUUUCUAAAGCUGUUAGUGAAUCAGCAAUUCGAAUACCGACUGAAUCGACAAUAACCACUGAAACAACCAUUACAACAACUACCGAAAUAACAAAUAUUGCUCAACUGAAAGACGGCGGUUCUGAUAUGUCAAAUAUACCAGUUUCACGCGUUCCGCCCCGAACUGCACCGCCUGCAAAAGCUGAUGUGAGUGCGCUUACACAACAAUUUGAAAUGAAUGCGAAACGGAACUGGAUGGAUAGUAAUGGAAUGAAAUGGACUCCUAAGGGAGGUCCAAAAGCGAAAGAACUUCCUCAAUUUCCAUCGAACGUGGAGUUCAGAACUACGCCAGCAGGUAGCAAAUAUAAAAAAGUCGAAUACGAAUUGAUUGAUUCAAAAAUUUCAACUGAAUCAGAUGGCGAACGAUCACGGGGAGUUGAAAAGGUUUAUUAA